GUCACCUUGCUCCUGCCCUAUGGCGGACCUCUCCUGUAUAUACCGUUGGUUCAAGAACUGCAAUGUGGUUCGUAAUCUCUCAGACAAAUAUGUCGUCAUCACUGGCUGUGACUCGGGUUUUGGGAACCUGUUGGCCAAGCAGCUGGUUGACAGGGACAUGCGGGUACUAGCUGCUUGCCUCACUGAGGAGGGGGCCCAGAAGCUUCUGCAGGAUACCUCCAACCGACUACAGGCCUUCCUACUGGACGUCACCAAAUCCGAGAGCAUCCAGGCAGCAGCCCAGUGGGUGAGGUGCCAAGUGGGCGAGCAAGGCCUCUGGGCCCUGGUUAACAAUGCUGGUGUGGGCCUGCCCAGUGGCCCCAAUGAAUGGCUGACCAAGGAGGACUUUGUGAAGGUGAUCAAUGUGAACCUAGUGGGAACGAUUGAUGUGACCCUCCACAUGCUGCCAAUGAUCAAGAAAGCUCGAGGCAGGAUCAUCAAUAUGUCCAGCUCUGGUGGUCGUGUGGCUAUGAUAGGUGGUGGCUAUUGUGUCUCCAAGUUUGGUGUUGAGGCCUUCUCUGACAGCAUCAGGCGUGAGCUCCAUUACUUUGGAGUGAAGGUCAGCAUCAUUGAGCCAGGAAACUACCGCACCUCCAUUCUGGGCAAGGAGAGCUUGGAACAUCGCAUGCGCCAGCUGUGGGAGCGGCUGCCUCAGGAGACUCAAAAUAGCUAUGGGGAAGACUACUUCCAGAUCUAUACUGAGAAGUUGAUACGCAUGAUGCAGUUGGCUCACCUAGAUAUCACAGACGUCACCAACUGCAUGGAGCAUGCCAUUGUCUCCCGGAGUCCUCGAAUCCGCUACAACCCUGGCUGGGAUGCCAAACUUCUCUUCGUCCCUUUGGCUAAGUUGCCUACCCCUGUGACAGAUUUCAUCCUCAGUCGCUACCUUCCAGUACCAGCAGACAGUGUCUGAGUGGAGAGAGUAUGAAGGGUGGUUGGUGGAAUAUAGAGAAAGGGGGUGGGAGAAGGAACUCAACUUGGGUCACAAGAGGUGGUAUCUGACGUUCUGGAGGACUACUUGGCUGACACCCAAGACUAAUUAAUUUAUGACUCACUUCUCACAGAAGACAAGUGACUCUACCCACUCACUGGAGUCCUACAGAAGCACAAGAUUCAUGUAACUACAGCCUGGCCCUGGGAAUGUGUCACCCAAGUAGGAUAUUGCUUUUUUCUGGAUCUCUCUCAACAUCACCACUGGAAAUUAUUGUGAAACAGCCCAGUCCAGGGAAACCUCAACCACUCUCCAAUCAGGUCUCUAAAUAUACCUUCACCUUCACCUAUUAAACUAUUUAAAGUAUCAAGUAAGUCAGAGAGGGAAUACAAGAUGCAAGUAAAAAUUCACAAUAUUUUCUCUCACUUUAGAUUGCUCUGUUGACAGGUAGUCGAGAUCCAUAUGAAAUUACAUUCAUUUAUUUAAUCAUUACUGAGUCCGCUUUUUAAUAUUUGUUUAGUGCCCACUAUACACCAAUCAUUGUAUAGGUAAUAGAAUGCUAGAAAGAUAAUUAAAUCAUGAUCUUGUUUUUUUAUUGUU